ACAGAAAUCAGGGAACAGAUUUAUUACAAAACAUAGAAACCCCGAAGCGCCACAUUUUUGGAUCAGGCGUGACUGUAACAGGGACAUUGCUGGACCUUCCCCUGCGGAUCAGAACACUCCGGUACCUCAGAGAUACAGGGAAUCCUGAGGGGAAAUAGAGAACCAAUGAGAGAAUUCCCUCCAUGACUGGAGCUGGGGAACCAACCAAUCCCGGGGCCCCAUGUGUGACUGACGCAACAAAUGAACCAAUCGUUACAAUGUGGGGCGGGUUCUGGCGCCAUUACAGACACCCCAUGCUCAGGCCGGCGGGUCCCACAGAUGGAGGUGGAGGGGGCACUGAAGCUGGUGGGGGAAAUGGGAAUCUAUCAGAUCUACCUCUCCUUCCUAUUGGCUGUACUGCUGCAGCUUUACUCUGCCACAGAAGCCAUCAUUAUAACCAUACUGGGGGCCACCCCCCCAUACCACUGGAUGAAUGACAGCCUUACAGCCAAUGGCAGCCGGGGGAAGCAAUAUGGGAGCCAAUUACCUGCAGAGGGAGAACAUGGACAUGUGGUCUUUGAUGGAAACUUUACCUCCAUUGUGUCAGAGUGGUUCCUAGUGGGAGGGGCCGCGUACGAGGUCAGUGUGUCCAGCUCGGUGUAUUUCGGAGGAGUUCUCAUCGGGGUGAUCAGCUUUGGGCAACUGUCGGACCGGUUUGGUAGGAAGCCGGUGUAUGUGACGGGUUUGGCCCUGGAGGUGGUAUUUGCCGUGAUGAACGCACUGACCCCCAUAUUCCCGCUGUUCCUGCUGACGCGGUUUCUCGUAGGAGUCAUGAAUGGCGGCAUGUCGCUCGUGGCCUUUGUCCUGCUCAAUGAAUGUAUUGGUGCCUCCUACUGGGCAGCUGCGGGCUCGCUGGGUUCCCUCUGCUUUGCUGUGGGCAUUGCCCAGUUUGCCCUGAUUGGGUACUUUAUCCGCUCAUGGAGGCUGCUGGCCCUGCUGGUGAAUGUGCAAGGAGCGGCCGUGCUGGCGCUUUCCCUCUGUAUCCCAGAAUCCCCCCGCUGGCUGCACGCUCAGGGGCGCCUCCGCGAGGCACAGGAAUCCUUACUCUCUCUGGGGCGCAGGAACCGCAGGAAGGUCACUUCAUUCACUCUCUGCCCGCGGCAGAAAGACUCCGCCCACAGCGCCAACAUCCUCACCAUAUACAGCAACGCCAUCCUGCGCCAGCGCACACUCAUCAUGAUGUGGGUCUGGUUUGUGUGCAGCCUGGUGUAUUAUGGGCUCACACUCAGCUCUGGGGACCUGGGAGGGGACAUCUACCUGAAUCUGGCGCUGUCCGGCCUGGCCGAACUCCCUGCCUACCCCCUGUGUAUGUACCUCAUCAACCACAAAAGAGUUGGCCGCCGGGGGUCUCUGGCCGGGUUCCUGUGCGUCGGGGGAGGAGCCUGUCUGCUCAUUAUGUUGGUUCCUGGAAAAACAGGUUCGGGGCCCCUCUCGGUGCUGAACAGCCAGACCCUGUCUCUCCUGGGGAAGCUGAACAUCAGCGCCGCCUUCAACAUUGUCUAUAUAUACAGCUCGGAGCUGUACCCCACCUGUGUCAGGAACCUGGGGAUGGGCGUCUGCUCCAUGUUCUCUCGGAUUGGGGGAAUCAUUGCCCCCUUCAUCCCGGCGCUGCGAUUUGCCCACUGGGCUCUCCCAUUCAUCGUGUUCGGUGCUGCCGGUGUCUCCGCCGGGCUCCUGAGCCUCCUGCUCCCAGAAACCCUCAGUGCCCCCCUCCCCGAGACCCUGGCAGACCUGCGCGGGGCCCCGUACCGACGCCUGGAGCCGGAUGGGGAGGCGAUGCUGCACCGGCCGCAGGCGGAGCUUGGGGCCUUCACCAAUGGGAGCAGUGAGGAAGAUGAAGAGGAGGAGCUUGAUGCAGUGAGGGAGUGCCAAGCUCUGAUCUGACUCUCAGGAGUGGGGGUGCCAUACAGGGUGCCACCUUUGGGCAACUUGGGCACCCAUCUGCAGCUGUGCAGGCACGUGGGCACUGGCGUUACUGGAAGCGCAUCCCAUGGUGCCCUGGGGCAGGAGGCACACUUUGGGCAAGAUCAGUGUCCCGGGGGGCUGUUACGAAUGGAAAGGGCAAGAGCUGGAGACGGGGGGCGAGUGGGUGGAGUAGCUCCACCCACUGCUCAGCAGCCUUUAUGUGAAGGGGGGGCAGAAGUGCAAUAGACAAGUAUUUGUGCUUUAUAUUGGGGGGGUUAUAGGGCCAAGGGCACACGCAAUAUUAAUGGGGGGCAGCUGCUCCUGCGGGCAGGGAAGGCUGCACAGUUACAUCUGGGGGGGCACAGAACACUUUGGGGGUUCAGGUGCCUCAUGUUCCAGCCCCAUAGCUCAUCCGGGGCCCCCGAAUAUACUAGAACGGAGUCACUUAUAGGUCACUAGGCUGCCCUGGGGGCGGGGCUUGGCCGGGCACAGUCGGAUCACAUGGCGGUAUCUCGGGCCCAGUUUGGGGCCGGCCCUUAGAGAUGUCGCUCAGCUCAGGGAAAUAAUAGUGAAUGGGAGUUGGGGGGUCUUUAUUGUGGGGGGGUCAGAAUAAUAAAAUGGCAGUUUGUAAUAAUCUGUAAACUGUUUUUAUGAUUUACUGAAUACCCCAUGGGGGUCUGACAGAACAGUCCGGCUCAGGCGGAGCUUGUGGGUCGGACCAACAGAAUAGUCCGGCUCAGGUGGGGCUUGUGGGUCGGACCAACAGAACAGUCCGGCUCAGGCGGAGCUUGUGGGUCGGACCAACAGAAUAGUCCGGCUCAGGUGGGGCUUGUGGGUCGGACCAACAGAACAGUCCGGCUCAGGCGGAGCUUGUGGGUCGGACCAACAGAAUAGUC